UUCAUCCCUAACUCUCCACCACUUCUCUUCUUCUUAAUUACUUCUCUUACUUUGUAACAACACCAGCUAUCACUAAUUUGCUAGCUUAGGUGAGAUCGUAUUUCAAUGGCUGAUGCAGUAGGUUCAGCCUCUGCGAAGAGAAUGUGUUGUUCGGUGCCUGAGAGACUCCAACUGCAUGGGGCCAUGCUGGCCUUGCAGUUUGGCUAUGCUGGUUUCCAUGUGGUCUCUAGAGCUGCCCUCAACAUGGGCAUUAGCAAGCUUGUCUUCCCUGUUUACAGGAACAUCAUCGCUCUGCUUAUGCUCCUUCCCUUUGCCUAUUUUCUAGAGAAGAAGGACAGGCCUGCAAUUACACUAAACUUUCUCGUUCAGUUCUUCCUCCUGGCGCUUAUUGGAAUAACAGCAAACCAAGGAUUCUACUUGCUGGGGUUGGACAACACAUCUCCAACCUUUGCUUCUGCCAUCCAAAACUCCGUCCCAGCCAUCACCUUCCUCAUGGCAGCCGUACUCAGGAUUGAGCACGUGAGGCUAAACCGAAAAGACGGUAUCGCAAAGGUGAUCGGAACGAUUUUCUGCGUAGCCGGAGCCUCCGUAAUUACUCUGUACAAGGGUCCCACCAUAUACAGCCCAACUCCCCCACUGCAGAUGAUGAGAUUGAUGGGCAAUGCUACCUCCAUAGUAUCAUCAUCAUCAUCCUCAUCAUCUUCAUCAGCAAUAAUGUCAACGCUUGGUGAUGCAAAUGGCAAGAGCUGGACUCUGGGUUGCCUGUACCUGAUCGGGCAUUGCCUGUCGUGGUCCGGCUGGCUCGUCUUCCAAGCCCCAGUUCUGAAGAAGUACCCGGCUCGUCUCUCUGUGACCUCCUACACCUGCUUCUUUGGUCUCAUACAGUUCAUCGUAAUCGCUGCCAUUUUUGAGAGAGACGCUCAGGCUUGGAUCUUUCACAACGGAGGAGAAGUCUUCAGCAUCUUAUACGCGGGAGUGGUUGCUUCAGGGAUCGCAUUCGCUGUACAGAUAUGGUGCAUAGACAGAGGGGGCCCUGUCUUUGUUGCUGUAUAUCAACCUGUUCAGACCCUCGUUGUGGCUAUAAUGGCUUCCGUCGCUUUAGGCGAAGAAUUCUACUUGGGCGGGAUAAUUGGGGCAGUGCUGAUCAUAGUGGGACUGUACCUAGUGCUGUGGGGUAAAAACGAAGAAAGAAAGUUUGGUCAAAUAGCUCAAGCAAACAGCAGGGCUGGAAUUCUGUCCACUCAGGAGCACGCAAACAACAGGAAAAGCCAAGCCAAGACGUCCCUCACUCAGCCACUCAUCCCUCCAUCAACCGAAAAUGUUUGAGAUCCCUAUUUCCUAACUUUUGACGACAGCCUUGGCCCCUUGGCCUUCAAGAUCAGAAGAAGAAGAAGAAAAAAGUACUGCUUUUUCAGUAAUAUAUAUCAGAAAGCUUUGUGUGUGUAUGAAGGUGUUCCUUUUUUCGUUUUUCUUUAAUUUUUUCACUUUUACUCAAUCGCUUUCUUAGUAGGGGAGGGAGGAAAAAUCAAAGAGAGAGAGAGAGAUCUCAUCAGGGGGGUGGAUAUCAUGAUGAUCAUUGUCAGCUAUCAACUAUGUGGGCCUCAGUGCCUCAAAUCCCAUAUGCUUUAUAUGUUAAUUUAUGGUUUGAUUUACGAAA